AUGGACCCACCGAGAUUUCCCACGUGCCAUGUUCAUGUUUGGCGGGAGUGGGAGUUGGAGUUGGCAUGUUUGUUUGUUUGCCUGCAACCGCCGGGUGGUGGUGUCUUGCGUCGUCCCAGGCGCCUGCUUCGUUCAGCCUUCAAACCAAGACCAAGCACCGCGGACCGCGACUUGCUGGAGGGCAUCUCGGCAGGUUUGCGCGCCGUGGCCCGUCACAUCAGGCUGAGCUCGGAUGGCCUGAUGCAGCAGCAGCAGCAGCAUGGCGAGCGAUGGUCUGCCGACGGCCAUGCGGAAUACCCAACCCGAGUUCCUUUUCGUGUGCGCAAGAACCGAGCGGGGAGAGACGGAUGCGACGUUGGCUGA